ACGUAAAUAAAUGGAAACCAUGUGCGUCCGACUUUAAACAGAUUUAUCGGAACGAUUCCAGGUUUUUUAGGAUUUGUUCCGUACAGUGAUUAAAAAUCAUAAAAAAAUGCAGAAAUUCAAGCCAAAAGGCCGCACCCCGAAGACCGUUUCGGAGAAGAUUCACGCUCAGCUGACCGGCCAACGAGGACUGGGUUUUGCUGGCCCCGGGUCUGAUUCAUCCGAAGCAGAUGACGAUGACGAUGGAGGAGGUGGUUCCACGCGACCUCGACUGACCGAGUUCGACGAAAAUGACUUGGAGCUGGAGCGGAUAUCGCGCCGAGGACUCAGCGACAUCCGGAAGCAAAACGCGCAACUGUUGGACUCGGUGGAUCAAAAGUACCAGGGUAAGGUUUCGUCGAGGAAAGACGUUUUCGAGGAUGAAAUCGGCUCUGAGGAUUCCGACAAAGAAGACAGAUCGGAUGUAGAGGAUAUGAUGGAAGACGUUGAUGAGUCGGAAGGAGAGCACGAUACCAUUAGGCCCGGAGCAUUUGUGAGAUUGAAGUCACCGGAAAAUUCCAGCGAGCAAGAUGAAGGCUCAGAGUUUGAAGACGAUGUUGAAAGCGAGGAGGAAGAUAGUGGAGAAGAGGACGAUUCCGAGAUCGACGACGAUCAAUUUAACUUGGGAGAUUUCUUGGGAAACUCGAGCAGCCAAAUGCCUUCCCAAAAGUUACUCCAGGACGAAAAUCGCCAGGAAUCGAUACAGAAGGGAAUUUGCGUUCAGAAUCAGCUUCAAAUGUGGGAACGACUUCUGGAGAUGCGCAUAAAAAUGCAAUCCUCUAUUGUAACCGCAAAUUCAUUACCUACGGGAGAAAAGUUCACCGCUUUCCUUCGUGAUGAUAAAUUUAAAGAAACAUCUGAUGGGAUAUUGAAAUCGGUAGAUUCAACCCUUAGCAAUCUACUUGAGCUACAAGGUCUUCUUGCUAGUCGAUUUCCUGAAACUAAAAAUCUUCUUAAACCUGGUAGCAAGAGGAAAUCAAAAGAUUUAUCAGGAAAGAAAGAUGCCAAAACUCGUCGAUUACAUGAGUUUGAAACGACCAUCAGCAAUAACUUUUCCUGUUUCAAACCCUACCGAAACGAUGUCAUUCAAAAAUGGCACGAUCGAGUCAGAGCUUCUAGCAACAUAAAGAAUGCCAACCAAACAAUGAACAUCAUUCGGAAAAUAGAAAGUAGUCUUCUGGCGAAAGACGAAUUGAUCAAGAAAACCCAACAAUACCGAGGGGGUUACGAACUGUUCGAGAAACCGACACAACCGGUGGCAAUCGAUUCGGAAAACUCGAACGAACCGGAACCCGUAUUCAGUGGAGAAAUUUUUGAUGAUAGCGAUUUCUAUCACGCUCUGUUGAGAGAACUGAUCGAGUUCAAGUCGAACACGGUCGAGAACCCUCAGGAGAUUGGGGCCAAAUUGGCCGAACUACAGAAACUUCGCAGUAAGAUGAAGAAACAGGUGGACACCAGGGCUUCCAAGGGGCGUAAAAUUAGAUAUGUCGUUCACAAAAAACUGGUCAACUUUAUGGCCCCGGAAGAUCGCCACGAGUGGACGGAUGAAGCAAAAAAUGAGCUGUUCAGUUCUCUGUUCGGUGGAACGGCCGAGAAUGGAACGGGUUAGUUGACGGAAUCGAACGGAAGACGUUUCGGAAAGCGUUUGAUAUCGUUGUUGUACAUACACAAGACUGAAGAAGGUAAGCUUAAGUUUAGUUUGAAUAACUGUGAAUUUAUCAGCUAGGGGAAGUAGAACAACAAAAGUCAACUUUGAUUUAUUUUAUUACAAAAUAUACCGAUUUUUACAAUAAGUUUCAAGUUUAUUUUCUCUAUUCGCCUGUCACGUGUGUGCUUUCUAAAAUAGUCCAGAAUAGAUAUUGGCUACACACAGCUCCCUAAACUCUUUAACUGUCCAAGUUUUGCCUAUGUACAUAUUUUUUUUUCUAACCUCGAAAAGUUUUAUCUGUUAAGUUUGAAAAAAAAAAUCACUGGAUAUCUGAA